AAACGAAAGUGAACAGAGCUGUAAUAAAGAUGGAAGAGUGCUGCACGGAGCCAGAUCCGUUAUCCUGCUCGAUAUGCUUCGACAGAUUGAAAAGCCCUGUGACUCUUCACUGUGGCCACAGCUACUGUAUGGACUGCGUGAACGGAUACUGGGACCAGGAGAACCACCGCGGGGUUUACAGCUGUCCCCAGUGCAGACGCACUUUCAGGCGCAGACCUGUGCUGAACAAAAACACAGUGCUGGCUGAUCUGGCAGAGAAAGUGUCAGGGCCUGAACCACCCACCCGGCCUGCUGUGAAGGAUGAAGUGGGCCCGGGGGAUGUGGAGUGUGAUUUCUGCACUGUGAGGAAGCUGAAAGCUGUCAAGUCUUGCCUGGUGUGUCUGGCUUCUUACUGUGCUACUCACUUGGAGCCCCACUAUGUGUCUGAGGCUUUCAAAAGGCACACGCUGGUGGAAAUCACUUCUUCCAUGCAAGAGAAGAUCUGCUCCAAGCAUGACAAGCUGCUGGAAGUCUACUGUCGCAGUGACGGCCAAUGCAUUUGCCUGCUGUGUGUGAUGGAUGAACACAAAGGUCAUGACACGGUCUCCGCUGCAGCAGAGAGGAAAGACAAACAAAAAGAAUUUGGAAAGAAAAAAUUAACAUAUCUGAAAGGAAUACAGAAGAAAGAGAAGCAGCUUCAGCAGCUAAAACAAAAAAUUAAAGCACUUCAGUGUUCAGGAGAUGCGGCGGUUGAUCAAAAUGAGAAAGCCUACGCUGAAAUGGUCCGGAUGGCGGAUGAGAGGCGCUGUGCCACUAAAGAUCUGAUCAGAGUUCAGCAGAAGGCUGCGGUGAGCCGAGCCGAGGUGCUCGUGGACCGUCUGGAGAAGGACAUCUCUGAGCUGAGAAAGGGACAGGAUGACCUCAAACAGCUGUCACUCACUGAGGAUCACAUUCAUUUCCUGCAGAGCUGCCAGGCCAUCUUUGACUGUCCGGAAGCUGACCUGUCCUCUGAUGUUGACAUCGAACAACAAACCCCUUUUGACUUUGUCAAAAGGGCUAUAUCUGAUUUGAGAGACAGAAUGGAAAAUGUUUCCAUAGCUAUUGCAGAAAUAUCUCAGACAAUUCAAGCUGAUCCUGACCCUGAGACAAGACAGGAGUUCUCCCUUUAUUCCAGCAGCCUCAGUUUGGAUCCCAACACAGCAUUUGAAAACCUUUUGCUCUCUGAGGGAAACCGCAAAGUAACCUGGAUUAAAAAAGCUCAGAGGUAUCCCUUGCACCCAGAGAGGUUUACCCUAUAUGAUCAGGUGUUGUGCACUGAAGGCUUAUCUGGAGUCUGCUACUGGGAGGUUGAGUGGCGGGGGAGCAGGGUUGAGGUCGCUGUGUGCUACAAAGGGGCAGAUUCGGAUGAAAGUGGCUUUGGGGGUAUAGCAAGUCACUCCUGGUGCAUUUCCCUUUCAAAUGUUGGUUGCGCCUAUUGGCACGGUGGAAUCAAAACCAAAAUACCCAUUAACUGCUCCUCUACUGUGGGUGUGUAUCUGAACCACAAGGCAGGGACCCUGUCCUUCUACAGCGUGUCUGACUGUGGGGAAAUGACGCUCCUUCACAGAGUCAGCACCACAUUCUCCCAGCCUCUGUACCCCGGCCUCAUGGUCUCCAGAAGGGCCUCAGCUAGGAUAGUGUGUGCAAAAUAAAUCCACUGCCAAGGUGUGCUCGAGGGAAGUAAGGCAGUAUGUUCAUUCUGCGUUUGUAUUAAAGACGAGUGCUACAAAUAUGUUAAUUUCAAUGAUAUAUUGUCUGUAGCUUAUUAUGAUUCUAUUCUUUAUUAUGGUUUUUUCUAGAAAAAAAAGGGUGAAGAUAAUGAUGAGACAGAUGUGAGGUUUUGGUGUGUAUCAUGUUUCUCAUCCUGUAAUGGAAAUUGUAAACUCAUCAUGCAUGUGCAUGUUAAGUUAUUAAGUAGAACAACUCUAUGUAAAUGUAAUAGAUACUCAAACUCCUCUUGCUUUGUCAUGCGUUUAAUGUUUAUAAUCAAUAAAAAAUAUGUUUCAGA